AUGCCUACUUCUGGCUACCUCGCCGUCGCCGCCGUCGCGACGCUCGCGACCGCCGUCUCGGCGCAGACGUUCCGCCGCUCCGCCGCGUGCCCCGACCUGGGCUGCAUCUACCCUCCCGACCAAAGCACGUUCAUCGCCGGUCAGGUCUUCGACAUUCGCAUCGAGGUCCAGGCGCCCGUCAACGGCUCGUCGCCCUACAACAACGGCGUCCCCUCACCCGACUUUGCGCUCUACAUCGGCGGCAAGGGUGCCGACAAGCAGGAGAUCUCGACCUUCUACGACCUCGAGGACCCGCCAGUCGAGAGCUACAACUUUACCUACUUCGAGGACCUGUUUGCGCGCGACAACGACUCGGCGACCGUUGUGAACGUCCUCGCGCGCACGUACCGCCACGUCAACCUGUUCAACCCGGGCGAGUACGAGCUCAAGCUCAAGUACAACGGCGGCAGUGAGACGGUCGCGCACUGGACCGUCCUGCCGCUCGCCGAGUGCCGCAAGGCCAAGAACGUCAUCCUGUUCAUCGGCGACGGCAUGGCGCCGUCGAUGGUGACGGCGGCGCGCCUGCUCGGCCACAAGACGGUCAACGGCAAGUACAAGUCGCGGCUCCAGCUCGACCAGAGCGAGGGCUUCGGCAUGCAGAUGACGCACUCGCUCGACAGCUUCAUCACCGACAGCGCCAACUCGGCGACGGCCCUCAUGUCCGGCCACAAAUCGACCGUCAACGCCCUCAACUCGUUCACGGACUCGACGGGCAAGCCCUACGGCGCGCCAAAGUUCGAGACCGUGUUCGAGAUGGCGCGCCGCCUGUACAACGCCAAGAUUGGCAUCGUCUCGACCGCUUUCCUCGCCGACGCUACCCCGGCCGCCGUUGUCGCCCACACGCCUCAGCGCGGCGCGUACGACUACAUCGUCGACCAGUUCCUCGACGGCGGCGCCGUCGCGUUCAACAGCACACCGCAGAACUUCUCGUGGACGCAGUGGGACGGGCCCGACGUCCUCUUCGGCGGUGGCGGCAAGGACUUUGUGCCCAAGGCGUCGAACGGCAACGUGAGCAAGAUCGACCGCUUCCUCAACCGCAACUACCAGUUCUCGACGACCAACACGAGCCUGCACGAGCUCGACAACUCGAAGCGCGCGCUCGGCCUCUUCUCGGACAGCAACCUCCCGACCUGGCUCGACCGCCACGUCUACACCGACAACCUCGCCGACUUUGGCGCGUGGAACUCGGACAACAAGACGUUCACGGCGCCGACGACCGACGUCCCGGGCCUCAAGGACAUGACGCUCAAGGCGCUCGACAUUCUUCACGCGCGCUCCAAGGCCGACGGCACGCCCUUCAUGAUGAUGUCCGAGGCUGCAUCGAUCGACAAGGCUAUGCACAUCGCCGACUAUCCUCGUGCUCUUGGCGACCUUCUCGAGCUCGACGACACGGUCCGUGCCACGCUAGAGCACCUUGAGAAGCUUGGCCUUCGCGACGAGACUCUCGUCAUCGUCACCGCCGACCACGCUCACGGGUUCGACGUCUUUGGCUCCGUCGACACCGAGUACCUCACGGCGCAGAAGACCGACGACGCCAAGCGCGACGCCGUCGGCACGUACCUCGAGAGCGGCCUGUCGGGCUACCAGGUCCCGCAGGGCGUCAACCCGCAGAACCAGACCGAGGUCGUUGGCCCUCAGGGUCCCGGCUUCCCCGUGACGUGGGAGCCGCGGUACACGGCCGCGUUCGGGCUCGCGGCGACCGUCGACCAGUACAACGACUUCAAGACGCACCCGUCGAGCCGGGCCACGUCGCUCGAGCCGCUCAAGAACGGCACCUACCGCGCCAGCCUCGAGGACUCGCCCGACGGCUUCUUCAUCUCGGGCGUGCUCCCGACGAGCAACGACCAGGGCGUGCACUCGCUCGUCGACGUGCAGGUGUUCAGCUGGGGCAGCGGCAGCGAGCUGUUCCGCGGCAUGAUGGACUCGACCGGGAUCGCGCAGAAGAUUGCGCAGGCGAUGGACCUCGGGCGCGACAAGAAGGGCGACCUGGGCGUCAAGAAGAAGGAGCACAAGGGCAAGCAGUAACCCGUCGUCGUCCUCGCGCGCUUGCGCUCUCGAGCAGGAGCUCGUCGUCGUGCGGCGUCGUCCCUGCGCCGCUCGAACCCCUCUCUCUCUCCCUCUCUCUCUCCCUCUCUCUUCCGUCCUUCUCCUCGAUCUCGUA